GAAGCCAGCCUUUCACCUCUGCAUCGCCAUUACAAACCCUUCGUUCUUCUCGCUUCUCUCUCGCCAGCCACCUCCUACCUCCAGUCCAGCAAGCAGGCGUGAGCCCAGUGGCGGGCCCCUCGCUCUCUCCCCCACCUCCGCCCCCAACUAUUCUCGCUCUAGCAGGUAGCAAGGAGUACCCUGCUGGCCGCCGGCAAUCACCUCGAUCCCCUUCACCCGCUUCCAUUCUCGCUCGCCAUCUUUUGCCAACAAGCACGCGCGCAUCAAGGACGAAGAGCGCCGCCCCGGCCGUGACUGCCACUGGCGUGUGGGCUGCACCGGAUCUCUCGCCGCCCUUCGCUGGGCGGGCCGGCGAGUGGAUCUCUCGCUGGGCGGGCCGGCCCGUGGUGAGCUAUACAAGGUCCAUCGCGCCGCCGGUCGCCGCCGUUGGCCGCUUCGCCGAGAGCGCCGCCGCCGCCACCCUUGCAACGAAGAGAUUUUGAGUAAACACUGUGAGCAGGUGGACGAAGAAGCCUCCUGACGGCAGACGGUCACGGUCACCCCUGAGAAUGUGGAGGAAGACGAAGCCUGCAGAUGGAAGGAUAGCCGUGGCCACUCCUGAGAUUGCGUUCUCUGGAGCCUUACUCGGAUUGGAUGGCAUAGGAAAAAAAAAAGAUGGAGAAUGUAGUGAGUAUAUAUCACGGAGGCACUGUGGAAAGGGAUGAAUAUGGAUGUAUUAAGUUUGUUACCAUGCAGUGCGAGGUUGUCAUAUUUGAUGAGAAAUAGUCGUUUAGUGAGUUGCUUGUAAGGCCUCGGGAGGAGUUACAUUGUCAUGAAGAUGAUGAAAUCACAGUUGAGGUCAUACUUCACCUAGGUUCCCCUCUCAACAUUCAAAGGAAGAUGGUCCCAAUUCGGUGUGCAGGCCAGUAGGAAAAAUAUGUGAGGACGGUUAUGAAUGGUCAUUUCCCAAGUGUUGAAGUGGUUGUUCGUCGGGUGGGAGUUAAUCCAAAUUCUCGUCGGUUUCCCGACCAAUGGGUUAACGGGCACACUUCGAUCCUCCCGUCCCAGAACCUGUUAUGGAUGUGGUGUUGCACCUACUAUUCCCGAUGCUGAAUCUGCCCCCUAAUAAAGUAGUUGGACAUGGUUGUCGGAUUGUUGAUGAUGUGACACUGCGUCUUGGAUGUGUAUCCACUGCCUCACUGACUGGCAUCAGGCGGGUCUUUAUAGUUGGGGAUCAGCUGUGCUGUGUUUUCUAUACCGGUAGCUGUGCGAGGCGUGCCGUCGGACUUCGGACUCCGCGUCAGUUGGUGGGUGUGUCUACCUAUUGCAGUUAUGGAUGUGGGCCCGUCUUGCUGUUGGUCGUCCCAAGAUUAUGCCGCGGCGACCGUGCUUCCCAGGUGAGAUGCCGAGACGGCAGCCGACAUGGGCAUAUCUUUGGGAUCAGGUUAAAGUUAGCCAUACGAGGUUGGACCGCGCGUACCUGGAUUACAUCAACGAGAUAGACGCGCUCACGGCUCAUAGUGUAAAUCGGCAGCCUUACGAAGGAGAGGACGCACUUCCUUUUACCGUUAGCUUCAUGUGUGGGUUGGACGACGAUCUUUACAUGAUGAAGUGCCCUCUCAUAUGUUUCUAUGCUGUCGAGUACCACCUGCCAGAUCGAGUAGCACGUCAGUUUGGGAUGAGGCAGAUUUGGCCAACACCGGCGACCUCGACUAGUGUGGAGUUACACAGCGUGGAUCGUAAGAAGAAACGGAAGGUCUCUGAGUGGGCCGCGUUCCACCAGGCGUACAUUGACGAUUGGGAGGACUUCCACGAUAACGUGGACGACAACAAUGAGCUGCAUACAAGCAGUGAGUAUAGGCAAUACCAGACUUGGUACCAAGGUGCGACGCGUCACAGGCUGAGGGCAGCGUGGACGGAAGAUGACUACGCUGACAUUCACUCAUCCGACGAUGAAGACACGGUGUACGAUCAGAGUACUCGUGCUGGAAGACAGGUGGAGGCAGGACCAAUUCUGGAUAGGAUGGGCCGUACCCUCCAAAGCUCGGUUAGAGAUAUUGAGCAUUUCCGUCCUAGAGUUACGGAUCCCGAGAUGCGGAGCUUUCUAGACCGACUGUCAAAUCGGUUUCGUCGUGCGGCUGCUCGUUGUGGUUGCAGGACUGCCACGAUGUGAGACGUGCACGUUCCAUCCCCACGCGAAGGAGGCGUCGGUACGUCUAGCCAAGGCUCCUCAGGUUCGAAAUCAAUUGCAUCCGAGGAUGAGACGACGACGACGACGAUGAGCAGAGGCCUGAGGAGCUUGGCCCGUCUCAGCUCCACGAGGCUCCCUUGACUCAGCCUACACAAGUUGUAAGCACUGGACUACGUUACCCACGUUCUCCUUACACUCCAGGCACCGACGCCCUUGGUCACAAGGGUAAGGGUAAGACUAGAAGGCAGUGAUGGUUCUUAUUGCGAACUUUGUAUUAUAUGGAUUAUUUGUAUAUAUGGACUUUCAUUCUGAACUAUUGUGUAUUUUAUUAUGAAUGUGUCAUAUGCUUGUGUCAUA